AAUGCAACACUAAUUUUUUCUAUAUAUUUUCUUCCACAUUACAUAUAGCUGGAGUGUAUAUUUUCCUUUACAACCUUGCCUUUUUCUUUCAUUUUCUUUCUAUACCUUUUUGGACUCUCCAUCACUUCAAUCUCUAUCUAAAUUCUCUCCAUAAAGUAAUUCCUAAUUUUACAUACUCAUAGAGCAUGCCUGAAUGUCCAGAGAAAGGGGGAGAUUUUUUGAUGAGAUAGGAAAGAAGAAAGAAGGAGAUGAUACUUUUCAAAAGGGAAGAAGAAUGUUAGGUUCUUCUGGAACCCUAAAUACAACUACUCCUUGUGCUGCAUGUAAGCUUUUGAGAAGAAGGUGUGCACAAGAAUGUCCUUUUUCUCCAUAUUUUUCUCCUCAUGAGCCUCACAAGUUUGCUUCUGUUCAUAAAGUCUUUGGUGCCAGCAAUGUCUCAAAGCUGUUAUUGGAGGUACCAGAGAAUCAGAGAGCAGAUGCAGCAAAUAGUUUAGUUUAUGAAGCAAAUGUAAGACUAAGAGAUCCAGUUUAUGGAUGCAUGGGUGCAAUUUCAUCUUUGCAACAACAAGUUCAGUUAUUACUUGGUGAACUUAGUGCUAUAAGGGAAGAGAUACAUAAAUAUAGACUCAUGGAAGCUAACAUGCAUCCUUCUUCAGAACAUGUAUCAAUUGCUAGUACUAUGCCAACUUCAACAACACUGCCUAUGCUUCCUUCUUCUAUUUACUCACAACAGGAGAAUCAUCCUUCCAAUUAUAGCUCAAUUUCAAGUGAUCAUAUAUCUUAUUUUGAUUAAAUUUGCAUAUGAAAGAACAAUAAUAAUUUUUUUUGUUGAUGAUUUGAG